AGAUUUUUAAAUCGGCUCUCUGCGGCUUCGCGCUCGGUGUUCCUUCACGCCAACUGCGCGAUGAUGUCUGGAGCUUCUCCGCGCUUCAUGGCCGCUGCUGGGCUUGCGGCUCUCGCCGCGCGCGUUCUGCUGCCGGUGGCGUUUGCGCCCGUCGGGGGGCUCUUCUCCACCCAGGCGGCGGCCUCGCGCACGGCCUCCUUCGGAGCACCGCGCGCGGCACCGACCGAGGGCGGCUCCACCGCCACCGCCUCAGCCUCCCUCGCGGGCGCCGUGGCCGUCGGCGUGGCGAUGGGAGCCGCCGCGAGCUUGGCCCAGAGGAGAACAGCAGCGCCGUGGCCCGCCGCACCCACGCCGUGAAGAUCUACGACACGUGCAUUGGUUGCACGCUCUGCGUGCGCGCGUGCCCGGUGGACGUGCUCGAGAUGGUGCCCGCCACCGUCAACGCCGCCAAGCAGGUGGCUUCCUCUCCCCGCGUGGAGGAGACUGCGUCGGCUGCAAGCGUUGUGAGACUGCCUGCCCCACCGACUUCCUCAGCAUCCGCGUCUACAUGCAGGAGACGAGCAGGAGACGCAGUACAGUCUUGCCCUGGACGUGGGCGACUGGACCAACUGAGCCACGCCACUAGGUAGCCGUGGGUGACGCCAGAAGGCUAUGCUAGCAAGGGCUAGUCUUGGACGACUGUUUUCCUCCGUUCUGUUUUGACCUACUUCUUCCUCUGCUUCUGCUCCUCUGUGUUCUUCUUUCUUUCCCCUGGAGCCCAGGUCAUCAGGAUGACGGCCCCAUAUUAGAUUGCACGAGCUGUCAAUAGUUGGGCCAGCGCCUGGACAGCCUCAUCCAAAACGAUGGCUCCCGCGAGAAAUCACACGAGAGGGGCGGACGCACACGUCCACGCCAGCAGCACAAAACGCGGUGAGCUUUGAUUUGCCGCGAUCGUUUCUCUGACUGUGUUCCUGACUGUGUGCCGCAUUUGAUGUGACUGUGCUCCUCUGCCCUCCGGUGGAGUUGUCCUUGGUACAGCACGGGGUGUUGGCUGACUUUCCUUACAAGUAGUGCAGGCCGCUGGCGGAAAGUGCGCCCUGCACCUCGGAUUCUCGACAGAUUCUGGGGCUGCCCACCCCGUCCGCUCUCUC